AACCCCAAGUCGUCCAUCAUGUCGGCAGAGAAGAGAGCUCGUCUGAGGAGUAAUCCAGUAAAAGUGCGCUUUGCAGAAGAGGUGGUGGUCAAUGGGCACACUCAGGGAAACUCUCUUCUCUUCCUGCCCAACGUCCUAAAAGUAUAUUUAGAGAACGGGCAGACUAAGGCUUUUAAGUUUGACAACACAACAACUGUCAAGGACAUUGUUCUGACUCUGAAGGAUAAACUGUCCAUCCGAGCCAUCGAGUACUUUGCACUGGUGCUAGAGCAGCAGUACAGCAUCACCAAACUCCUGCUGCUGCAUGAAGACGAGCUCGUACAGAAGGUAGUGCAGAAGAAAGACUCCCAUGACUACAGAUGUCUAUUCAGGGUGUGUUUUAUCCCCAGAGACCCCACAGACAUGCAGCAGGAUGACCCCUCUGCUUUUGAGUACUUCUUUCUACAAAGUGUUGGGGAUGUGCUGCGGGAGCGUUUUGCAGUCGAGAUGAAGUGUAACACUGCACUCCGCCUGGCUGCUCUGCACAUGCAUGAGAGACUAGAUAGUUGCGGACAGACCAGAACCUCUAUGAAGAGCAUAACGAAGGAGUUUGGCCUCGACAGCUUCAUCUCUCCUACACUGCUGAGUAACAUGAGGGAGAAGGACCUCAGGAAAGCCAUCAGCUACCACCUCAAGAAGAUCCAGUCCCUGCUUGAACCACGCCAGAAGGUAAUAUCUGCUAGUCAGGCCCGCUUGGCUUACCUUACUCAGCUGGGAGAGCUGAUUUCAUACGGAGGACGAUCAUACACAGCUACAAUGAUGCUUCAGGAUAGGGAGGUAUUAGUCAGCCUGCUUGUGGGAGCCAAGUACGGGAUGAGUCAGGUUAUCAACCACAAACUCAAUGUGAUUUCUACACUGGUGGAGUUCAGCAGCAUCAGCCGGGUCGAGCUGCUUUCCGAGUCAGACAAAGUCAGCCUACUGCGCAUUUCACUGCAUGACAUGAAGCCAUUUGCCUUACUGAUGGACUCUCUGGCAGCCAAAGACUUAGGGUGUCUGCUGGGAGGCUACUGCAAACUCCUUGUGGAUCCUAAUGUCAGUGUCUUCCGUCUGGGGCGCCCAAAAGUGAGGGUGCACCGGAUACCUGCUGAAGAAGGUGUGUGUGGGAAGUUCGCCGUAAUAGAGGGCGUGUGCUAUGAAUCCCUAUCAAGUUAUGUGUCUCGCUGCUGUAGUGACUCAGAUGACUCAACAGAUGAGGAUGACCCAAUGGAUUCUCAACGCCCAGACCCAGCAAGUCAGGACUGGGAAGGACGAAGGAGAGAGGAGGAAGAAAAGAGAAGAGAAGAAGAAAGAAGAGAAAGAGAGGAACACAAAGGAAAACAGGAAGUGAAGAUAAUAGUGACAACAGAAGGUAAGGAAUAUGAAGGUGAAGAGGAAGGAGGGGCAACAGGAAGUGGUCUGCGUAAAUCUAGCAUAAUGGAUGAAGAAAUGAACCUGGGGUCCACCUGGUACCACACAGACCCACGGGUCACCUGUAGCUUCUCUAGUUUGUCCAGUGGCUCCUUGAGUGCUGCUCUGGAGGACAGCAGUGCCACUGCAAACGCCCCAUCUCGGCUAGGCACACACUGUGGACAACACACAAGUGAGGAUCAACCAGGUUUGGAUGUUCACCACCCCUUCCUCCUAGAGCCCAAACGCCACCAAGGGCCCCUAAGACCUACCAACCUUAAUUACCGCAGCAAUGACAACUCUUGUCUUUGCUUUGUGGAGUUAUCCAAGGCUGAUUCUCCCAGCCCACCUGAGGCUACUACGGAUGAUGACGAUGAUGAUGAGGACGAUCAGGAAGAGACAGGAGUGCAGGAACUCAGACGAAUAUCUAAGAUCCCAAGUUCGAGAGAUUUAAGAAUGAUUGACAGUACACCCUUUGACAGAUCACCCAUCAGAAGAAAGAAAAAGACCCCCCCCAAAGUCCCGUUAAGAACGAGUUCAAUUCCUCGCCACAGUGUAGGAGAGGCUGAACACCAUCUCUCCCAGGAUGAAGAGGGUCUCUUCCUUACACCGUCACCCAAUCCCAAACCUGCUCUUUUAGUCAAAGAGACCGUUUCAGACUCUGAGGAGGAGUUUUUUGACGCACAGGAGAGAUUUACUCCCCCAGUUCCUGAUCUAUCAGAUGCUGAGCUUGCUGACAGGCGCAAUGCUAACCGGUUGAGUGGAACCUGGAACAGUCUUCCAGCUGUCCCAGGGAAACAGCCACCCUCCCCCCUUGCCAAUGAAGCCAAAUCCUCUAAAAACAAGACUGAAGUCAAGACACUUAAAGGUUCCAAAAGCAAACCUACCAACCAACAUCCCAGUUCACCAAAGCCAUCUCAGAAACCUGAAGUCAAGGUCAAACCACCAUUGGCACCUAAGCCCCAGCUGCCUCCCAAACCUCAGACCAUUCCUCCCAAAUCCCCCCAGAAUGGGAGAUCAUAUGCCCACUGCAAUGGAGAUGCCUCUGGACAUCUGUCCUCUGAACUCUUGGAAAUGGAGCCAGACACAAUGGAGUUCAAGUCUGUCACAUCUGGGGCAGGCGGAAUGCCAGUGUCAUCACCCUUGAUCACAGCAGUGUGGUGCAGCAAGCAACCAGUACCAAUAACAACAGCCCGAACUGAGGAAAAGACAACAGUGAAAGAAAACAGCCCAAAACAGAGUAAAGAUAUAAUGCAUAAGAAUGGUGCACACUUAGUGUCCAAUGAUAAAGCAUGCAUUAGUGAUGGAAAACAAAGUCCUAACAUUGAGCAGAAAAGCAAUGGGACUGCCUUACCCACAAAAAUGUCACCAAACCUACCAUCUAUCCCACGUUCAAAUUCAGGUACAAAGCUAUCUGUUCCUCCUCCUGUGCCCCCAAAACCCACUUCUCCCAUCAAUUUCCAUCCACUAUCACUACCUGCUAGCUCACCAGUCUCCCCAACUGAUCCAAGCAAAGGCAUAUUUAAGGAUAGUGUCAGUCCACCAAAUGGACUCCACCCUUGGAGCAGCCGUAAUGGAAGCAUCCAGUCAGGACCUCGGCGAGUAUCCCUGAGUCAUGAAAGCCUGUCACCAAAAAAUACUGAUGCACCUCUCACACUUACAUCCUCCCUCAACUCAACUAACUCCAAAGGAGUUGGGGGCCUAGAAACCAGGGAACCCGGAAGGUCUGGAUCAGGAUCAGAUCUGAGGACGAGUUCUUCCAGCCUUGGGGGUAGACUUCCAGCUUCUGCACUGAGAGGGAAGAUCCAGGCUCUGCCUUGGUACAUGACCCGUUCUCAAGAGAUUUUGGGAACUUUAGACUAUCCAUCCACCAGCUCCAUCAAUGGGGAUACCUCUGGCUUUGGCUCUGGUUUGUCUGUAGCUAGUGGUUUAUCAGAUCUAAACAAGACCCCUGUUAAAGAAAAAGAGACUGUAACUUCAAUGUCAGUAGGGAAAGGGAACACUUUAGAAGAUGGAGCUGCAGUUGUCAUAGCCACCAUCAAGGAGGCCCAGGAAGUGACCUCACACAUGAAAAAGGCCAAUGGAACAAAUGGCUCCAGUCCUGACCUGAGUUUGAAAGAUAUUAGUGCACACCGUGGCAGUGUUUCAUCAGAGCAGCCUCAAUCAUGGUCCCAUUCAGCAGUGGGGCUGGGAGGUGUGUCCAGCAUGCAAAUUGGAGGAGACUCACCAACCUCCUCGCUGGCAGAUAGUACUCCUCCACAGCAGCAGCAGCGGGAGGCUUGUGGCUGUCGCACAGUUUAUGCAAACUGUUUCAGCGGAGACACGGAGGAUGGUAUAAGCUUUGAUGAAGAGCUUACUGUUUAUGAGUUCUCACGUCGCACACGCCCAAAACCUGCCAAAAUUGCCACUGUUCCUUCACCUACAACACCUCCUCCAAACCCAAACAUCUUGUCAUUGCUUAGGGACAACCCUCGUCCACUCUCUACCUUCUCCACUGCCUCCUCUGAACUGAGUCCCUUAGUUUCCCAUCCGGUGUCACCAACAAACUCAGUUGGUUGUCCUCUUCGUUCACUUACCAAUAAGAAUUAUGGUGGGCUAAAGGGAGGUUUUGCCUCCCUACGUCAAGACAUAGACCAACUGCUGCUGGUCUUGGAGAGGGGAGCACUUGAGCAACAAGACUCAAAGCAGAAUCUCACAGGCAUAGAAGUAGGGCCUGACCUAAAUCACAAUGGAAACGAAAGCAGUACCACCCCAUCAACCAGCCAAAAUUGUACUGGGACAAGCACCGCUGCUAUGACAGAGGCUGAAAGGAGUCUCCUCCAGGCAGAGGCGCGACGAUUGGCAUCUGGUUGUCAGCGUGCUACACGUGUAGGUUGGGCUCCUGAUGAAGCCCUACGUUCGUUAUCCAACAGCUUCAGUGCACUGGUUCAGUUGUCUGCCGCCUGCUUGCGAACAAACCCAUGCCCUGGCUGUGAAAUCUGCCAUGAUGAGAGUCUGCUCCACAGAGAUGAGGACGAUGACAGCCAGGAACCCAUGGACAAGCUGAAGGAGAUUGUGGGUUUGUACCGGGAGUUUGUUGGGGCUGUUGAGACAGCUGGUACUGGUGCUGGGAUGAAAAGUGUGGGCCUCACUGGGUUGGGACAGGGUCACGGUGAGACUGAUGGGGUGAGGCUACUAGCCAAACGCUGCACAGUACUCAUUUCGUCUGUAUUCGCACUCACACAGCUCUUCCGGACACGCACACUAGAAACCUCAGACACGACUGGACACGUACCUCUUAAUUUUUGACUUGUGAACUUAACCCACUAAUAACUCAUUGAAUCUUGAGGUGAUACAAGAGUAAACUGCACAGAGCCAUCUGGUGUGUAACCCCUGUGUUCUUGUACAGUAAGUGCCAUGCACACCACAGCACACAAACUGUAUCCCGUAUUACACAGACCCACAUGAAAAGACACAACAAACAAAAACCCGAACGAAUAAGAGGAAACUUCAUUGCUUGUCCUCUUCUUGGAAGCAUAUGGACUAUGCAUUUGUACAUAUGAAUUUUAUAAUUCUCUUAUUUUAUGAUACUGUAUGUGUAUGUAUGUAAGGACGGAUUGCCCAUUUAUGUAUUUAUGUAUUUAUUUUUACAAUAUUUGCACCACGGUCUGUGAUGUGCAGGUCUCUGGUGAAAAAGAAACUAUGGAUGUCACUGGAAUUUUUAUUUUCUCCUUCUCUUUGAGACAGUAUUAAGUUAUCUUUUGCUGCUUUAAAAAUUUCCUCUACUCAAGGUGUAAUCUGUAAAUUGUCAUUUUUAAAGUUUAGUAAAACAGUAUGUUUUGCUAAAUGCAGAAAAUAUACUUUACUACACUCUUGCAAUAUACAGUAAUUAACUGAUUUGUUUUAUAUGUGCAGCGACUGCACCUUUUAAAGGAUUUAGUUUUAUAACAUAACAGUCAAAUAUAAAGGGGACACAAAACUCAACCAUAACAAAGCAGGGAGAGCACUUUGACUGUUACAGAUUGCACCUUUUUACGAGACAUAUUCCCUUGUGUAAAGUGUUUUUUUCUAUCCCUUCUCAUUCUGGAAUUACUUUUAAGUGAAUGCUUCUUGGAAAUUCUCCCGUUACCCAGACGUAUGCAGUAUUAUAACGUUCAAGUUUUCAUCCAAAGGACAUGACACAUACACUAUAUUUUCUGGGAAUGUGUGGAUGAGGCCAAGGAAUCAAAACAGGGGACCUUAUUUGUGUUGUUUAAAAAUGUUUUUUGAAAACUGGUUUUGGCACAAGAGAGACUGUUAAACUAUGUCCAGAUGUAGCAGAGAUCCAAAGUCUUAAAACACUGAGCCACAACUGUUUUCCACUAGGAAUUCCUCUUAGGUCGCACCACCAUAUUGAUAUCAUACUGACUGACAAAUGGACUGACUGCUGUAUGCUGGAGUCAGAACUGUAGAUACAUAUUUAUAUCUUUGUGUCCUAUUCCUUCUCUACUUUCAUUUAUGGCUAUGCAAACAUAAACUCUUCACCCCCACAUACUGUAUUCUUGUUUUUUUGUGCUAACAUUGAAAACAACUAUGGCUGCAUUAUGUUUGUCUGAAUAUAAUGGGGGCUUUCUUUGUUUGGAAUGUUGGCUUUUGUCUUGUUUUGGGAAAAUGUAAUGCAUUAUGGAUUGCAACAUUUUGAAACAAGUUGCAUGGCAUUUGUCAAUUUAAAGACUCCUGUCUAUACUGAUGUCUGAAUAUUGUUAGUAAAAGGGUGACAUUGCUUGAUCAGUUUGCUGAUGUACAGUUUUCACCAAUCAGCUUGUCCACAUAACAUGAUGACAACUCAUUUAGUGAGUCAUCCUAUUUUCUUGAUAACAAGAAGGCAAUUAAGUCUCAGUGCUUAUGCAAGUAUGAUAAUAGCAUUAGCUGAGCGAGGACCUGAUUAGGAAGCUGAUGAGGAGGUAUGUAGUUAAAUGAAUCCUCCUAAUAGAUGACAGUGGGAAGCUUUGUCAAGAUGGCCGUGCUUAAAAAGGUUACUCCCCGGGGGAUCAGAUUUCAGAGCUUCCAGUUGUAUUGGUGGUUAUGUCCAGUAGCAGUGUCCAUGACUUCACUAACAUCAAGAGAUAGGUGUCAGAAGCAUUUCUUGUUGUUCAUCACAAAGGCCCAAACAGGGCAGAAUAGCCUGUGACACAUUUUUUUUCUUUUUCCUGUGAGUAAAAAUUGUGUUAACAGUAUUUAAUUUCCAAAGCAGCCAUGUGUUUCUACAGUACACCAACAGUCACCUUUUCCUUACCCACGUACAAUAAAGUCAAUGUACUAAGAAAUGUAUUGUUUGGGAAUAAAUUGCACAUUGACCCAAA